AUGCCAUGCGCUCGCUCGCUGAUGGCUGCCGGCCUCCCACUGCGGGCGGGGAGCCGGGGACUGUACAUGCGCGGCACACGACACGGUUAUUCACGCCGGGCAGCGCGCGUCGCAUCGACGCCCUCUGAGGCCAAGUUCCUGAACCGGGGAAUCAAGGAAGUCGUCAGGAGCAUCUGCUGUGGAAACAUGGGGAAAAUGUCAUCGAAUCCUGAUGAACCUAAGAGUCGUGCCCGGACAGACUUUUUGCUCAACAAUGAAGCAGAGGUUCAGAUGUUUUGGGAUGAGAACAAAGUUUUUGAGGCUGAUCCUGGCAAUAAGCCUCCAAGCCCCGGGGAAAAAUUCUUUGGGAACUUUCCAUACCCUUACAUGAAUGGCUUGCUGCAUCUGGGCCAUGCCUUCUCGUUGUCCAAGCUUGAGUUCGGUGCUGCAUACCACAGGCUUCAUGGCUCCAAUGUCCUUUUGCCCUUUGCUUUCCACCGCACUGGAAUGCCCAUCAAGGCCUCAGCUGAUAAACUUGCUAGGGAAAUUCAACAAUAUGGAUAUCCUCCAGUGUUUCCCGCGGCAGAGGAUUGUAGUGCUGCAGUAGAUGCUAUCGAGGCUGACCAGGCUGAUGUUGUUGCCCCAAAUAAAUUUAAGGGGAAGAAGUCCAAGGCUACUGCAAAGGCUGGCGCAUACAAGUACCAGUGGGAGAUCAUGAAGAGCUUUGGUCUAGAUGAUGAAGAAAUUGCCAGGUUUCAAGAUCCUUAUCACUGGUUGACUUACUUCCCUCCGUUGGCAAAGGAGGUUCUCAAGAAAUUUGGCUUGGGUUGCGACCGGAGGAGGUCAUUCAUAACUACUGACAUGAAUCCAUACUAUGAUGCUUUUGUCAAGUGGCAGAUGAGGAAGCUGAAGAAAUUGGGCAAGGUUGUUAAAGACAUGAGGUACACAAUCUACUCUCCGUUGGAUGGCCAACCUUGUGCUGAUCAUGAUAGAGCAACAGGUGAAGGUGUGCAACCACAAGAAUACAUCUUGAUUAAAAUGGAGGUGAUAUCACCUUUUCCUCCCAAGCUGAAGGCAUUGGAAGGGAGGAAGGUAUAUUUGGCAGCUGCUACACUAAGACCUGAAACGAUGUAUGGAGAGACAAAUUGCUGGGUGCUUCCUGAUGGAAUGUAUGGUGCUUUUGAGAUCAACGACACUGAUGUCUUCAUCCUUACAGCAAGGUCUGCUCUUAAUCUUGCAUACCAACACCUAUCCAGGGUCCCAGAAAAACCAACCUGCUUGUGUGAGCUUUCUGGCAAUGAUUUGAUUGGUUUGCCACUGAAAUCUCCUCUUGCCUUCAAUGAAACCAUAUAUGCUCUUCCUAUGCUCACUGUCUUAACUGACAAAGACAAGUCAGCAGAGAAGGUUUGCCAUGAUCUUAAGAUUAAAAGCCAGAACGACAAGGAGAAGCUUGCUGAAGCAAAAAGAAUGACAUAUCUGAAGGGAUUUACUGAUGGAACAAUGGUUGUUGGUGAGUUCAGUGGUAAAAAGGUUCAAGAAGCGAAGCCGCUGAUUAAAAGCAAGCUUUUGGAAGAAGGCACAGCUGUGCUGUAUAGUGAGCCGGAGAUGAAGGUCAUGUCUAGAUCUGGUGAUGAAUGUGUUGUUGCCCUCACUGAUCAGUGGUACAUAACUUAUGGUGAGGCUGAAUGGAGGCAGAAGGCAGUCAGAUGUUUGGACUGCAUGAAUACAUUCUCAACUGAAACCCGUAAUGUUGCACAUCUUUUGCAAAAUGGUAAUAUGUAUGGGAAAGAAAUAUCUUCAGUAAGGCCAGAAGAAAUGACAGAUGAAGUCUGGGAUUUUGUGUUUUGUGAUGGCCCAGCACUAAAAAGUGACCUCCCUGCUGCUCUGCUGGACAAAAUGAAGCAGGAAUUUGAGUAUUGGUAUCCAUUUGAUAUCCGUGUGUCUGGUAAAGACCUUAUUCAAAACCAUCUGACAUUCUGCAUAUACAAUCAUACAGCACUUCUUCCUGAGCACCAUUGGCCUCUUGGUUUCCGCUGUAAUGGGCAUCUUAUGCUUAAUUCUGAGAAAAUGUCCGAGUCCACAGGAAAUUUCCUAACUCUCGAAGAUGCCAUCAAAAAGUACUCUUCUGAUGCCACUAGAUUUGCCCUUGCUGAUGCUGGCGAUGGUAUGGAUGAUGCUAACUUUGUAACUGAAAUUGCAAACUCUGCUGUUAUGAAGCUUACAAAAGAAAUUUCAUGGAUGGAAGAGGUUACAGCUGCUGAAUCUAAAUUAAGAGCUGGGCCGCCCACUACAUUUGCUGACCGUGUGUUUGCAAACGAGAUGAACAUUGCAAUCAAAGAAGCUGAGAAGAACUACAAUGCUUUCAUGUUCAAAGACGCCCUGAAGUUUGGGUUCCGUGUCCUCCAAUUGGCUAGAGAUGAGUACAGGCUCUCUUGUGGCGCAGCAGGCAUGAACCGUGAUCUAUUGUGGCGAUUUAUGGAUGUCCAGACCAGGCUCAUCACCCCCAUCUGCCCACACUAUGCCGAGCACGUGUGGCAGAAGAUCAUGAAGAAAGAAGGCAUAGUAAUAAAAGCUGGCUGGCCAGACGCAGACACCCCAGAUCCGACGCUGAGAAUUGCAAAUAAAUACUUGCAGGAUUCCAUAGUUUCGAUGAGGAAGCUGCUUCAGGAGCAAGAGUCUGGUUCCAAGAAGCCUAAGAAAGGAGCUGCACCAGCACCUCCAUCCAAGGAAAAGAAGAUGAGCAUUGGCCUUAUAUAUGUGAACGAGCACUACUGUGGCUGGGAAGAGCAGUGCUUGAGGGUGCUGCAGUCCAAGUUUGACAGCCAAAGUCGCUCUUUCGCACCUGAUCAGGAAAUAGCAGAAGCUCUGAAGGGGUGUACUAUCGGGCAGGAAAUGAACUUGAAGCAAGUUCAGCAGCUGUGCAUGCCCUUCAUCAAGAAGAAGAAGGAUGAGGCAAGGGAGGUUGGUCCUCAGGCACUGGACUUGAAGCUUCCGUUCAGUGAGAUGGAUGUUCUCCGGGAGAACUUAGAGCCGAUCAAGAGGCAGCUGGGCCUUGAGCAAGUUGAGGUGCUCCCAGCGUCUGAUGAAGCUGCUCGCGCUAAGGCAGGUGAGCAUGCUUCGCUGCUAGAGAAAAAAACCACCAUCACCCGGUAA